GGUUAAAAACAGGGACUUGCUCCUACAUGCAGCAGCAACUCGACUCGCCUCGCCUUCAGUGUGUGCUUCGGGAGAGUAAGGGGGGAAGGCAGAGCGGAGGGGCACUGUGUAUACGCCCGUAUGUUGUUACGUGCGUGACGUGCGCGUGUUUAGGGUGUCGCGUCUCGUCUGUGCGGGGCGUGUACCCUAACCAGGGAGAGAGGACGGCACUGCUGCAGCGUGUGGGAGUACAGCGGAACAAGAACAGCACCGGUGUUCAGUUUCAGCGAUGGAGGGCUCCUUGGCUGCCGAUCUGGUCCCUCGGCCGGAGAAGCUCCCUGAGCUGACACGUAUGCACAGCAUGACGGAUCGUGUCAAAGGUUCCAUCUCCGAGUACCGAAACCAGAUCAUCCUGCUCUUGUCCCGCUACGUGGCGAACGGGAAGCACAUGCUGCAGCCGCACGAGCUGAAGAACGAGCUUGAGCGCGUUGCUGAGUUGGAGUGCUUCGCUGGGACGAAGAUUAAGGAGAGCGCUUUCGGCAARCUCCUGCGCGCCACGCAGGAGGCUGUCGUCAUCCCUCCGUACAUUGCGCUGGCAGUGCGGCCRCGUGUAGCCGAGUGGCAGUACAUUCGUGUCAACGUSUUCGAGCUCACGGUGGAGCAGCUCAGCCCGUCGGAGUACUUGGAGUUCAAGGAGCGUCUCAAGGCGGCUGAUGAUGAGGCGGCGCCKGUUUGCAGYGACUUCGCCACUCUGGAAAUUGACAUGGAGCCGUUCAACGCYGGCUUCCCGAGGCUYACCCGUCCUUCGUCCAUCGGCGAGGGUGUGUCUUACCUGAACAAGCAUCUGUCCUCGCGGAUGUUCAAGGAGCCYGGAGGUCUUCAGCCUCUGCUUGACUUUCUGCGGACACACAAGUGCGUCGGCGAGACGUUGAUGYUGAACGAGCGCAUCGACACGCUCGAGAAACUCCGCGGCAACCUCGCSAAGGCGGAGGAGUACYUGGGCGCCCUUCCUGCCGAYACCYCCGUUGGCCAGGUGGCUGCGMGGCUGCAAGAGCUGGGYUUCGAGCGAGGCUGGGGUGACACCGCCGGGCGCAUCAAGGAGAUGCUGGACAUGCUGUCGGACCUGAUGCAGGCGCCUGAYGCAGAUCUGCUGGAGAAGUUCCUGGGCCGCAUCCCGCUCAUCUUCAACGUGGCCAUCAUGUCGCCUCAUGGCUAUUUUGGGCAGGCGAACGUGCUUGGUCUUCCUGAUACCGGCGGGCAGGUGGUGUAUAUCCUGGACCAGGUGAAGGCGUUCGAGAGGGACCUGUUGAAGCACAGCAAGCAGCAGGGAUUGAACUACAAGCCUCAGAUCAUCGUGCUGACGAGGCUGAUUCCCGACGCCCAGGGAACGUCUUGCAACCAGAGGAUCGAGCACAUCGAUGGCACGCAGUACUCGAAGAUCCUUCGUGUGCCCUUCAAGAACCCCAAGGACGGGAGCGUGCUGCGCAAGUGGGUGUCCCGCUUCGAUGUCUGGCCCUACAUGGAGCAGUUCACGGAGGACUCCGUGCACGAGCUGCGCGCUGAGUUCGGCGGCAAUCCGGACCUCAUCAUCGGCAACUACAGCGACGGCAAUUUGGUGGCUGUCCUGCUCGCGCACAGGCUGAAGGUGGCGCAUUGCACMAUCGCCCACGCGCUGGAGAAGACMAAGUAYCCSAACUCCGACCUCAACUGGAAGGAGCUGGAUGAGAAGUAUCACUUCUCCUGCCAAUUCACYGCGGAUCUSAUCGCCAUGAACCACGCCGACUUCAUCAUCACCAGCACGUUCCAGGAGAUCGCGGGGCGGGCUGACACCGUGGGGCAGUACGAGUCGCACCAGGCAUACACCAUGCCCGGSCURUACCGCGUUGUGAACGGCAUCGACGUGUUCGACCCCAAGUUCAACAUCGUCUCGCCUGGCGCUGACGCMGACACUUACUAUCCUUACUUCAUCAAGGAGAAGAGGCUGACSGCGUUCCACCCAGAGAUCGAGGAGCUGCUGUAUGGGCAGACGGAGGACGAUAAGCUSUGCCGCGGCGUGCUSAAGGACAAGASCAAGCCCAUCAUCUUCACCAUGGCGCGUCUGGACAAGGUGAAGAAUYUGACRGGGCUCGCAGAGAUGUUCGGCAAGAGCYCGCGCCUCCGCAAGCUGGUCAACCUGGUCAUCGUGGGAGGUUAYAUUGACCCGUCCCUGUCCAUGGACAGAGAGGAGGUGCACCAGAUCAACCAUAUGCACUCCGUCAUUGACAAGUACGGGYUGGACAAGGGCGACAUGCGGUGGAUCGUGGCMCAGAAGCACCGGAUGCGCAACGGAGAGCURUACAGGUAUAUUGCAGACACCAAGGGCGCUUUCAUUCAGCCUGCGUUCUACGAGGCGUUCGGUCUCACUGUGGUGGAGGCCAUGACCUCGGGRCUGCCGACGUUCGCCACUUGCCACGGAGGUCCCGCAGAGGUCAUCAAGCACGGCGUUUCCGGAUACCACAUCGACAUGUACCGACCGGAGGAGGUGGCGGAUUUGAUCGCCGACUUCUUCGAGAGGUGCAAGACGGAUCCAAGCGAGUGGGAGAGUCUGUCGAAGGCGGGACUGGAGAGGAUCUACAGCAAGUUCACGUGGGAGAUCUAUGCGGAGAGGCUGAUGACUCUCUCYCGUGUGUACACCUUCUGGAAGUUCGUUUCCAACCUGGACAGGAGGGAGGCAAGGAGGUACAUCGAGAUGUUCUACAAUCUCAAGUACCGAGAGUGCGUCAAGACGGUGCCACUUGCUGUCGAAUGAUGACAUGGUAAUUUAUUGCGCUUCUGCACACACAUGCACACACACACACACACACACACACACACACACACACACACACACACACACACACACACACACACACACACACACACAGAGAGAGAAAAAGGACAUAAAUUAUCGCGUUGCGCAGUCCAGUUUCGGAUGGUAGGACUUUUGGCGGAUGCGCAGUAACGUGUGAGCAUUCGAGGGAAAGCGUCUUUGCUGCCAGUUGCGUGGUGUGUCGAAGCAUUAGGGUGCGUGGAGGAACACGGCACGCUGCCUGCGUUCGAUUCAUUCUUGUGUUGUUUUGCCCUCUGUCGCGGAUCCUGAGCUUAGCUAUCUCGUCGACUGUUUGAACUGGAUUAUUUUGAGAUGGUGGCGUUUUGUGCUUCUCCUAUGUGAGCCUUACGGAUUUUACUGCCGGGCAAGCUCUCCUGUGCGUUCUUGCCUGCUCGCUUGGUGAUGCCUUCCGGAGCGAGUGGGUUACAUGGAGACGCGGUGAGAGAGAGAGAGAGAGAGAGAGAGAGAGAGAGAGAGAGAGCAUUUGCCGCUCUGUGGUGUUGCUAGCUGUUAGGCAGUUUAUGCCAGACAAAGAAAUCGGGUCGGUUCUCCUUUGCCCGAGUUUUGUCUCUUUAUACGGGCGGCUGACAUAGAUCUUGUAUUUCCUGGCUGCCAGGGCCGUUGACUUCACCUACAAAUGAAGCUCCUCAAUGAGUUCUGAUUUAGGUCUUCUAUUCUAUCUCAUGUCGGUCGGGUUUGUCUGCCGUCCUCCGUUAUCCUUUCUCCGUUCUAUGGUCUGUCCUUGCUCUUCCUCCUUCCCCCUUCCUCUUUACACUUUCUCCAUCCCUGCUCUGCCUGUUUUAUCCUUUUUACCUAUUUUUCUUGCUUGCUCCGAUCGGAAUAGUGGCUCGA